AUGCGAUAAUAUUUUUAGAGCACUCACAACUUUGGGAAGCGAAUGAUGUCAAAAUUGUAAAGUGAGAGAAAAUAUAUGCCGGAAAGUUGAUUAACAUCAUGUCGGACACUGAGGCAAAUACCGAACAUGGCAGCCAAUCCGAGGACGAGUCCUAUGAGUCAACAGUGCACAGCGAGGAGACAUUAUCCAGUCAUGAGGAGGAGUUCGAUGAAAAACAUAACAUCUUCGACAUUGCUCCGCCAUUGCGGGAACCGCUUUCUGCCAGGUACAAGCACAGCUUCGCCUACAGAACAUUCAAGAAGCGUGUGCCCCAAAUGCUCAACGAGCUGAUAAACUGCAUGCGCGAGAACGAAGCCAGGAUCAUGGAACAGUGCGGCGAUUAUGCGCGCUACGAUCUGCGGCGGGUCAUCUGGAGCCUGGACAUAUUGCGCACGGAGGUACUGAAGAACAGCGAAUUCAAGCAUUUCAUCGACAAAGAUCCAGGUGCCAGCGAGUGGAAUAUCUUUCUGAAAAAGCUAGAAAAUAGCGAGAAAAACCAAUGGUUCUCCUCCAAUUGGAUGGACGCCGAGUGCUACCUGUAUCGUCGCAUAUGGGCUGCAUUCCGGCGCGCAGACACGCUCCGCAGCUACGACUAUUUUAGUCCAAAGAAAAUCUGCGCCACGCGCAAUAAUGUUUUCCUGCUGCAUAAUGUAUUGAAGGGGACACGGGGUCUUCGGCGCAGUCGGAGGAACUUUCUGCUGAUGCUGAAGCUAUCGUUGUGGGCAAAUCGGUGUGAUCUUUCAAUCAGAACCGACAGUCCGGAUGAACGCAUCGUGGAGCAAAUAGUUGGUUUCGACAAGCACUUGAUCGCGGAUCAGUCCGAAGAUGUGUGGCUCUUGCUGACCGAGGGCAUCCAUACAUCCGUAUGUCCCGUCACUGUAGACAUUGUCUUGGACAACGCGGGCUUCGAGCUCUUUGCGGAUUUGCUGCUGGGCGAGUAUUUGAUUGACGCACGGCUGGCGGUAAAGGUCCGCUAUCAUGUGAAGGCUAUCCCUUGGUUCGUCUCGGAUGUCACUGCCAACGACUUUCACUGGAUGCUGCAAUUCUUUCUGCGGCACGAGAUAUCAGUGUGUGCCGCCUUUGGGCGAAAACUACGUCGAUUUAUGCGGAAUAAGUCCAUGGAGCUGUGCAACGUCAGCAGCUUCUGGACAGAGCCGCAGUGUUUCAAGUCCAUGCGCGAAAUGGCGCCCUGUCUGUAUGUUCAGCUCAGUCUAGGCGCCUUGACCAUAUUCAAGGGGGAUCUUAACUAUCGUAAGCUGCUGGACGAUGUCAACUGGAGUUCCACAACUCCAUUUGGCGAAUGUCUGAGUGGCUUUAUGCCCACUAGCAUCUGUGCGCUUCGCACUAUUAAGUCUGAUCUUUAUUGCGGUUUGCCCAUUUGCGUGGUCGAGUGGUUAACGGAGGAUGAUCCCAACUGGAUGUGCACUGGCGACAAGGCGGUUAUCCAGCUGGCUGUCAAAGCGAGACCUUAAAAGUCACUUAAACUGAGUGUAACCUAAAAAAUAAACAGUGAUGAAAAGGCAAAAAAAAAAUGGGCAUGGCUAUAGGUGCGUUCCAAAGAUCCUUGGAGUCUGGUGAAACCAUUUAGAGCAAGACACCAGACUAUUCAGGUCAGCUCAGAGCUGCGACUAUAUAUUCUCGGAUCCAUAAUGCGUUCUGGAAAGUAGAUAGCAAAAGCAUAAUUGAGUUAAACAAGUUGGGAAUUCUAUGAUUUGAAUAUAUGUAUCUAUUGUCGUUUUAUUAGUUAUGACCUUAAAGCUAAAUGGUAGGCCGUGUAAGUCGUAAACAUAAGUAUGACAUUCCAUAUACGCAGUAUAGACUAUAACUAUGCAUUAUUAAAUAUAAAUAGUAGAAAAAUAUGCUCUAAGGCCAUAUCUUAUAUAUAUGUACGUGUAUAUCCAUACUGCAUUCCUCGGGGGUUUUGCAGCAGUAUUGAAACAAUUCGUCGAAUUUCAAGUCUUAUCAAUUGCCGUUACAGAAAAAGAAGUGAAGAACUCAUCAAAUUUCCCACACAUUAUUUUCAGGCUGUUCUCACAUUAAGAACUGUCGAUCUAUCAUCGCCAGCUUCGUAAUAUUAAUUAUUUAUUAAAAGUCAGUAACUAAGUGCAUUUUUUCUCGUUAGAUAUCUUGGAGGGAGUUCUCUCGGUCGCUGGCUCACAAUACACAAUUGGGAUUCAGCUGUUGAUAUGGCGUCAGAUCCUUGGUGAUUGAGAAGAGCGCACCAUCUCGCACCAUUUUGCACAUAAGAGCGCCUAGAUUCUUGGCAUCAUCGAUGCCGGAAUGUGCGCGUCCCUCAAAGGCUAGGCCCACAUGUGAGAGGGCAUCGCUGAAGUUGCAGGGCCGAUAUUUAUACCACUCGCGAUAAACGGCACGCACAUCGAUCCACUGAUUAAAAUAGGGAGCCUUGCGCAUGCGCUUGCGUGUGCACUCCUUGUGCAGACAGAUGCCAAAGUCCCAGUCGGUCCAUGUGACGAAUGCACAGUUGCCCAGUAUAUUUGAUUUGCUCGUCUUGGGUAGCAACAGACUGCGGGCCCGCAGCUCCUUGCGCAGCCAUUCGUGGAACAUCAUCAGCGCCGUUUGCAACGGCACUCCAGUGUCCACAGUCUUCUGUUCUAUGCCCGUUAACUCCGUGCAGUAGGUGCUCAACCGUGGCGACUCAAUGGGCAUAAUAUACUUGUGAAACUCGGCUUCGAUUUUGCCCGUUUUUAGAUUGACCAGCACGGCUGGAAACUCUGCAAGUCGAAAAGGUUAUUGAUGGUGAUCGGACUGGGGUAUCAUCUGUUAUCAAUUCUUACCUAUGAUCUCCGCUUCCCGCCACUGCGGCGGUGCCUGUUUCUCCCAGCACGUGGCCUCAAAGUCUACGGCAAUCACAUAGCUGAAGGGCUGCAUGGCCAACUGUUUGGAUUUGCGUGACUUCUUUGUCUUGACGGGAACUGUGGCUACUUCGGAUGCACCGUUGAUGCUGAUGUCUGCUUCGUUUUGUAAUCCGUCCAAAUCGUUAGCUGGAUCUGGUCGGCCGCCCUCCACAUACAACGUGUCAAUCAGGCCCAGUUGUCUGCCAAAAAGCAAAACCAAACAUUCAAGUUGUAAUACGUUGGAAAAUAUCUGUAAACUUUUUUUUCAGUUUUUGUUUUGUUUUUUAGAAAAUAUAUGAAAUAUUAUGUGAUAUCUUGGCAACUUGUAGUUAUACUAGGAAUGAAAAUAUACAAACUACUUUUGCCUGACUCUCUUACAUGUCUACAAAGCUGCUACUGCGAUUACAAAUAAUAAACUGUUUAAAUUACUAUGCUUGCUUGCCUUA